AUGGCUCCCGGCAAUGCCUCCACCGCGGCCACUCUCGGCGACUACCUUGCGCAAUACCCUGCCAUUAAAUACUACAUGCCUGACUCGCCCGACUUUGCUGCUACCAAGGCCUCCUUCAUCUCGAAGCCGGCCACCCAGCCCUUUGCCAUUGCGCGGCCCCAGUCCGCCGCGGACGUCCAGGCACUCAUCCGCUUCUGUGUCGACAACGAUGUCGACUUUGUCGUGCGGGUCGGCGGCCACGACACGGCAGGGCGGACCCAGGUCCAUGGCGUGCUGACAAUUGAUUUGCGUGACCUCAACUCGGUCGUGGUCGACGAGGCGUCGAAGACAGUCAAGGUUGGUGGCGGCGCCCUCCUACGUGAUGUGUCCAGAGAGCUGGGGAAGUUUGGACUCGCCACGCCUGUUGGCACCGUUGGAAGUGUCGGCUACGCGGGCUGGGCCACGCUGGGCGGCUACGGUCCCUUCGCGCCCAAGCACGGCCCCGGCGUCGACCAGAUCCUGAGUGUCCGGCUGGUCAAUCCCGCCGGCGAGCUGGUCGAGCUGCAGGGCGACGACGAACUGCUUACGGGCCUGCGUGGUGGCGGCGGCAUCUUUGGUGUGAUUGUCGAGACGACGGCCAAGGCAUUCCCCCUCAAGGAGAUUGUGGCCGGCAUGGUGGUGUCCGACCCGAGCGACCUGCCGGGUGCCUGGACAGCAUUCUCGGCUGCCUACCAGGGCUGGCGCGAGUCGGGCGAGCUGCCUGCCGAGCUGUACCUGCAGCCCUUUGGCGUGUCCUUCCCGGGCGUCGGCCACGUCUUUGCGCUCGGCGUGACAUGGAUUGGCGAAGACCAUGACGCCGCGAACCAGUGGGUCGACAAGGUCGCGGGCUCGCUUGGCAAGCCCCCCAUUGUCAAGCAGGCGGCGCCGACAUCGGUUUAUCAGUUCAUCGAGAACAACGAGAAGAACCUGACGUACGGCGUCUAUGGCCGCGUGUUCCCACUGAACUUUAAAAAGUACACGCCCGCGAUGGCCGCCGUGUUCGCCAAGUACAACGCCAGCCUGCCGACGUCCGACAGCGCCAUUUCCAUUCAUGCGCUGCGCACACCGCCCGCCAACGAGGCCUCCGUUUUUGGCGCCCGCGAGGACCACGCAAUGCUCGAGGUCAUUGCGGUGGCCAAGGACGCGGCCGACGAACAGAAGGCGGCCGAGUGGGCCAAGGCCUUCGUCCGGGACCUGCGCGCAGCCGGUCCAGACAACGUCCUGGAGAGCACGUAUGUGUCGCUGGGCGGUGACGACGACUCGGACAACAAGAAGAUCUAUGGGUCGCAGCACGACCGGCUGGUGGCGUUGAAGAAUAAGUACGAUCCAAAGAACGUUUUUAAGCAUGCCAUUCCCAAGCUUGCGUCGUAUUGA